AUGUCUCUCUACGCCCUUCCCUACAAUGGCACUGAGGGGUCAGCUGAUGCCGGAUACUCUACCGGCGUCACUGACCUCAAUGUAUUUUACGAGUCAGGCGACAUGGCCUGGAUCAUGGUCUGCUCAGCACUCGUGCUGCUCAUGAUUCCUGGUGUCGGCUUCUUCUACUCAGGUCUUGCUCGCCGCAAGUCAGCCUUGUCACUCAUUUUGAUUUCCAUGAUAUGUGUGGGAGUGGUGGGAUUCCAAUGGUUCUUCUGGGGCUACACCUUGACUUUCUCUCAUACCGGCUCCGUCUUCCUCGGCGACAUGUCCAACUUCGGCCUCAAGGACGUCGUUGCCCAGCCCUCCGUCGGCUCCACCAAGCUCCCGGAUAUUCUGUUCUGCCUGUACCAGGGCAUGUUCGCUGCUAUUACUCCUGCCCUCGCCCUCGGUGCCAUCGCAGACCGCGGUCGCAUUCUUCCCGCCAUGGUCUUCGCCUUCAUCUGGGCUACCAUCGUUUACGACCCGAUUGCUUACUGGACCUGGAACGCCAACGGCUGGCUUUACACUCUCGGCUCGCUCGAUUUCGCCGGAGGCACACCCGUCCAUAUCUCCUCCGGUGCCGCCGCCCUUGCCUACUCCCUGAUGCUCGGCAAGCGCACCGGCUACACGAAGCUCCACGGACUCCCUUACCGACCUCACAAUGUCACCCAUGUCGUUCUCGGAACUGUUUUCCUCUGGGUUGGUUGGUUCGGCUUCAACGGCGGUUCCGCUCUUGCCUCGAACAUCCGCGCCGUCAUGGCCUGCUUCAACACCAACCUUGCCGCGGGUGUUGCUGGUGUGACUUGGAUGCUCCUCGACUACCGCCUUGAGAAGAAGUGGUCCACCAUUGGUUUCUGCUCCGGUGCCAUCUCCGGUCUGGUCGCUAUUACCCCCGGUGCAGGUUUCGUUACCCCUUGGGCUGCGGUCAUUUUCGGAAUUGUUGGUGCCAUUGGCUGCAACUUUGCCACCAAGCUCAAGUUCGUCCUUGGCAUCGAUGAUGGUCUCGAUGUCUUCGCCGUCCACGGUGUUGGCGGUAUCAUUGGCAACGUUCUGACUGGUAUCUUUGCUGCCUCCUACAUUGCCGCUCUUGACGGCGCCCUUGUCAUCGACGGUGGCUGGAUCGAGAAGAACUACGUCCAACUUGGUUACCAGCUGGCCGGCUCUGUUGCCGGUUUUGCCUGGUCCUUUGGCCUAACCUGCCUCAUCCUGUUCCUGCUCAACCUCAUCCCCGGCCUCAGCCUGCGCGUCCACAUCGACGAUGAGGACCUCGGCCUCGACGACUGCCAGCUCGGCGAGUUCGCCUACGACUACGUCGAGGUCACGCGUCACGUCUCCGACCUUGUCGGUAGCGGCAGCAGCCACGACCAGGCUGUCGGUAGCUCCGCCCACAGCUCGCUCCCCGAGAAGACCGUUUAA